AUGUUUUUCAUCUCAAUAAUCUAUUUUCAAUUACUAAAAAAAGGUCAUAAGCUUGACACAAACCGGGCCAUAAACUGUGUCGACCGUGUCAUAGAACCGGGUCGAGUCGGAAUCUUAAACACCAACUGUUAGAUGUUAAAACUGUUCAUGGGCUUCACGUCUAUCAACUCCUGGUUGAAGUUAAACGCCAUCGGUGGAUUCACGUUCUCUAAAAUGCGCACACACGCAUAUUCCAUGUAUUCUUCGCCAUUUGUCUUCAUCAAUUUAAGCCCGAAACUAUUAAAUCGAAAGCAUAUCACAACAAGGACUUCGGGUUUUUAUGGAGGAUUUCAUGAUUGCUUGCUUGUGGCUGUUUUGAAUUAUGAAAUUCGAAGAUUUUCUGAUGCAGGCAAGUGAGGAGAAACAAACAAGAGAACAGCUAGAGGAGGAGGUGGAGGAAUUGCAGCGUGAAUUAAAUGGGGAGCUGCAACUGAACAAAGUUUUGAAUUGUGCAUUGUAUGGGUCAAUUCACUCCUGUUCAUGCGUCUCCUUGUUGCUACCACAAAAGGUUCAAGUGCUUCUAGCAGAAGUAGCAUUAGUGGAAGAAGAGAUUUGUUGGCUGGAGAGAAAGAUAAAUGAGCUCAAGUUGAAUGUUUACCAAGAAAAGAAGCAGACCAAAGAAUGGGAAUUGCUGAAGUUGAAAGAAUUUCAGCCACAACAGAUUCAACGCCAAUUACACAAGUUACCUUCCUGGCGGCCAAACCAAGUGGAGUCCAAGGAAACUGAAAUUCUUAGCAGAUCAUCAGAUUAUGAGUAUCGAAAGUAUGACGUUGGGAGAGAAAGAAGAGCCCCCACAGAAUUUCAAAGCACAACUUGUCUGAGGAUCCAUGAAGGCAUAGUAGAGAAUUCAAGAUGGUCAAGGAGCGCCAUACUUAAUCAAAUCAAUUUGGGAAGUGAAAUUAUGAGGCCAAAUAAGCUGUCAGAAGAACUGAUUAGGUGCUUAAUGAGCAUAUAUCUGAAUCUAAAUCAGACAACAUUCAAGAGCAAAAAAAUAUCAGAGAAGCAGCAUUCUCUCAACUGCAUCAACUCAAAAGGCUUCAUGUCAAAAACAACCGCUUUCAGCUGCAUAGAGCCGACAUUUCCCUCAUUCGAUCAAUGUGAAUCUAAUCUUGAUCCUUAUAGAAUAUUGUCUGACAUUGAUACCGUCAGAGAUGUUGGACCGUAUAACAACUUCAUCCAAAUCACAAGAGCUUCCUUGGACAAAAGCCGUCUCUCUGAAUGCCUUCCAGCCAUGGGAAAGUUGAGGAUUUUAAUGCACAAACUCAGCAAAGUGAACAUAACUUACUUCACCUACAAGCAGAAGUUGGCAUUCUGGAUUAAUAUCUAUAACGCCUGCAUAAUGAAUGCAUUUCUACAGCAUGGCUUGCCCUCCACACCAGAGAAACUUCUGGCACUCAUGAACGAGGCAACAAUUAAUGUUGGUGGGAUUGUACUCAAUGCUCUGGCAAUUGAACAUUUCAUCCUCCGCCACCCUGCAGACUCUGAACGUGAGCUAAUAGAUGAGAAAGAGAUGCUUCUGAGGCAUACAUAUGGUCUUGGUUAUCCAGAACCCAAUGUCACAUUUGCUCUUUGCCGAGGCACCUGGUCUUCUCCAGCCUUAAGGAUUUACACGACUGAUGAAGUCGUGAAUGAAUUAGAGAGAGCUAAAGUAGAGUUUUUGGAAGCGUCAGUUGGAAUUACAAGCAAGAAAAAGAUUUUAGUGCCGAAGCUGAUGCAAUGGCACAUGAAAGAUUUUGCUGAUGACAUGGAUUCACUGCUAGAAUGGAUUUACAGCCAACUGCCACAUCCAAGCAACUCCUCUUUGAAAAGGUUGAUUAUGGAGUGUAUAGUAAAUAGCGAAACAAAUAAGUCACAAGUUUUAGAGAUUCAGCCUUAUGCCUCUGAAUUCCGUUAUUUGCUUCCCUUGUGAUUAUAAGCAGAAGAUGACAAGUCACAGAUUAACUAUCCCUCCAAAUCCACCUUCUGUUCUGACCGAUACAUGUAUCAUGCCAUAGUUUCGUUUCUGUUGAUUAAGUCGGUCAUUUGAAAUAUUUUUCUCAUUAGGCUUGCGUAACUCAUCCAUGUAA